AUGAAUGGAAUAUUCAAAUGUGAAGGAUGUUGUCAAACCUUCUGCUACAAACAUACGACGGAACAUCGAUUUCUUCUCAACUGUCAAUUGGAAGACAUCAUUCACGAGCAUGAAAAUGUCUAUCAUCUCUUUUACGAAACGAAACAACAGUCGCCGUUGCUACAUGAACACGUCAAUCGAUGGGAAAAAGAGUCAGUGACCAAAAUCAAACAACUAGCGCAGGAGACGCGAGAACAGAUUAACCAAUGGUCUCAAUUACAAAGACAAAAUACCAAAGAGAAGUUUAAUAAGAUCAGUAAAGAAUUGGAAAAGGCUCGCGGAGCCUAUGAAUACCUCGAAAAAGAUCUCAAUCGAUGGAGAAUUCAAUUAGAACAAUUACAAUACGAUAUAGUUAGUCUUCCACCAACGAUUGUCAUUCACGAAGAACAAAACUCUUCGUUAAUCAAUACGAUUUCUCUUUCAAAAAUCGAUCAACAACUCGCUCUAAAUGAUUCCCUGACAUCAAAUUCAGAACAUAUCGAAUUCGACGAUAAUCAUCACAUUGCCAUGCACUGCGGUCCAUACCGAACCCCGUCUUAUGUCACCGGCACUCAAGAAUAUCUAUCCGGGAAACAUCUGAUAAGAUUAUUUAUCAGUAAAAAGACGAGUGACUUUAUUCUUUCAUUUAACGUCAUGCCGAAAUUAAUGGACACACCAUAUCAUUCUUCAGAAUGGUCAACCUACGGUUGGCAGAGCGAUGACUGCGUCAAUCCACCUCGUUCCAAAUCUACGACUGAAAAAUAUUUACCUGAUCUCAAAAAUCAAACUAAAUUUCACAUCGAGUUGCUCCUCGACUGUGACAAACAUCAAUUGAGUUACUUCAAUGAGAUAACCAAACGAAGACGGGAGAUCGAAAUUGAUGUCGCAAAGUGUCCUUUACCAUGGAAACUUCAUUUUUACCUAUACGAUAUAGGUGAUUCCACACCUUGCGUCACCUGUGGCAAUAAAGGUGUAGGCAUUUUUCGUUGUGAAGGCUGUUUGCAAGUGUUUUGUCGAAAGCAUCUCAAUGAACAUCGAGAUGCUCUUAGUCAUCAGUUAGACGAAAUCGUCCUCGAACACGAUACACUACAGCAAACCAUUUGUGAAAAUACCAAGGCAGCAGAGAAACAACAUCCUGUUUUGAAGCAAAUUGAUCAAUGGGAGAAAGAGGCGAUACAAAAGAUUCAACUACUGACCGAGGAGCUAAGGCGACAAGUUAAACAAUUGACUGAUACGCAAAGAGUAUCGAAAAAAUUACAUGAAUUGGCCGAACGGUUGCAGAUAGCUCGAAUCGAUGAUGAUUACGUAGAAACUGAUCUGAAUACAUGGAAAACAACGUUACAAGAAUUACAAAACGAUAUGACUGCGUUUACACCUUUACUUUCCAUUCACGAACAUCCAUCUCAAAUCCUUGUUUCGAAAGUAGUCCUUUCCGUACCGAAAGAUCGUGUCAAACAAGAAAAAUUCGGUAAACCAUACGGCAGUGUUCGAAUUGAAGGCAAUAAUCUGAUCGCCGCCCAUUGUGGCACGAAAAAUGGGACAGCUUUAGUUCGCGGUGUCGGUGAAUACUCUUCAGGUAUACAUAAAAUUCGAUUCUUAUUCAAAAAAAGUGACAUCGAUUACAUAACUUCGUUCGGCAUCGUUUCCAAACUGAUGUCAUUAGAUUUGAAAACGUCGGAUUCCUCUUACAAAUGUUAUGGAUGGAACAGCAACGAUUCCACGUGUGCUCCUGGUGCUGAUCAGUUGCAAUGCAAAAAUUUACAAGAUAUGAUCGGUCAAGCCGUGUUUGAAAUUGAACUCACACUUGAUUGUGACAAUCGAAGGAUUAGUUAUAUCAAUCAGAGAACUCAGAAUCGAAGAGAAUUGAAUAUUGAUAUAACAAAAUGUCCCUUUCCUUGGCAAGUGCAUUUCUAUCUGUAUGAAAUAGGUGAUUGUGUUCGUUUGUUGCCCGUCAUGUGA